AUGAAAAUCUCGAAGAAGUUGGAACAUGCACAUUCGUGCUCCAACCCGCCCCCAGCAACAUUCUCGUUCGAGUUCUUCGUACCCAAAACCUCCCAAGGUGUACAGAAUCUUUACGACAGAAUGGACAGAAUGUACGAGUUGAACCCGAUCUUCAUUGACAUUACGUGGAACGCUGGCGGGAGAUCGUCGACGUUGACAAAUGAAAUGGUCUACACCGCCCAGUCCACGUUGGGCUUGGAAACUUGUAUGCACUUGACUUGCACAAACAUGAAGGUAGAAUUGAUCGAUGAAGCGUUGAAAAAAGCACACGCCUCGGGCUGUCAGAACAUUUUGGCAUUGAGAGGCGAUCCACCAUUGGACGGCUCGGAAUCCACCGGCGACUUCAAAUAUGCCAAGGACUUGAUCCGCUACAUUCGCAAGAACUACGGGGACCAUUUCAACAUCGGUAUAGCAGCAUACCCCGAGGGCCACCCGGAGGAGGAAGAUGAAACCAAGUUGUUGAGUUACUUGAAGGAAAAGGUUGACGCUGGUGCUGAUUUCAUCAUAACACAGAUGUUCUACGACGUGGACAACUUCAUUCUGUGGUGUCUGAAAAUUAGAAAGAUCGGUGUGGAGAUCCCCAUUAUUCCAGGCAUCAUGCCAAUCUCGACUUACUCGGCUUUCAUAAGAAGAGCUAAGUGGUCUCAGAUCAAGAUUCCUCAGCACUUCUUGGAUGCCUUGGACCCUAUCAAGGAGGACGAUUACGCUGUAAGAGAGAAAGGCACUGCUUUGGUUGGGGAAAUGUGCCAGAAGCUCAUUGACUCUGGCUACGUGAACCACUUGCACUUCUACACCAUGAAUCUUGAGAGAUCUACAAUCAUGGUGUUGGAACACCUCAACUUGAUUGAACACGUCAAGGACAACGCUGUCGUCGGUGACGAAUUACCAUGGAGGAAAUCUUUGCACCCAAUGCGUUCCAAGGAAUCUAUUCGUCCAAUUUUCUGGCAGAACAGAAAGUACUCUUACAUUUCUCGUACAUCCGGAUGGGACGAGUUUCCCAACGGCCGUUGGGGUGACUCCAGAUCGCCAGCUUUUGGUGACAUUGAUCUUUCUGCCACAGAGUUAUUGCGCCAGUCGCCAAAACGUGCCUACGAGCUCUGGGGAUGUCCUCAAUCUUUACAGGAGCUCUCUCAAAUCAUGAUCUCUUACUUAAAAGGUGAGAUCAAGUCAUUGCCGUGGAGUGAUGGUCCAAUUGGGGAUGAUACGGAAGUUUUGAAGCCUGCUUUGAUCGAGAUGAACACGAAUGGUAUCUUUACAUUAAACUCUCAGCCUGCGUUGAGCGCUGUUAAAUCAAACCACGAGGUCUUCGGCUGGGGUCCCAAGAACGGGUUCGUCUAUCAGAAGCAAUACUUGGAGUUUUUCAUCCACAAGGACUUGGUUCACACUUUGUUGAACAGAGUGGAAGCUCACAACGCGAAAGAUGCUCACUCUGUGAUCACGUACUAUGCCGUCGACAAGCUGGGUAGUUUGUUGACAAAUGCCCACGAUGAUGACAUCAACGCUGUCACAUGGGGUGUGUUCCCCGGCGAGGAGAUCUUGCAGCCUACGAUUGUUGAGAAGAUCUCCUUUUUGGCCUGGAAGGACGAAGUGUACCGCUUGCUUGACGAGUGGGUAAAAAUCUUUCACACCAAGACCAUCACAGAGCUCGUGGAGGAAGAUAAAAUCAACGCUUUCUCCAGGUUAUUAACCAGUUUUGGUGAUAACUUUGUCUUGUGCAACUUUGUCAACAAUGACUUCACCAGUGGCAACAACAUCAUCUUCGACCUAUUUGACGGUCUUCAGGUGAGUUCGCUUUAG